CCAAUUAAAAUCUCUGAUUUUAAAAGAAGGAAACAAACGUCAGGCCAAUCAAUUUCAAAUCCGCACCAGAAAAAUUAGGCUUACCUGAGUAGCUUCAGUUUCCCCAUUCGAUUUAUUCCAUUCAAUUGUCCGAACAAAAUCUGGACCAAAACUCAACUCAAAUUUUCCAAAUCCGUUUCCUUAAUUCCUUUUUAAUUUGAAACAGUUUUGCAAAAAAAAACAAUUAGAGAAAAAUAGAAAUAAAAAUCUAAGACAUUGGACAUAAAAAUGUUGAAAAUUCUGUGCAUUGCAAUUUGCGCGGCGGCGUUUUUUGCCCAACUGUCCUUUUCAAAUCCGACUUCGAGCGAGUGGACUCUAAUGGACCAGGAGAGAGACGAGAGACCGAGUAGUGCACUGGGAGACCGAAUGAGGUCGGACCACCUGGGAAUGGGGGACGAGGAAGGCCCAAUAGGUCACAUGGGUAGGGGUGUUGACAGGCAGCUGACGGAUGAGAUAGCGAGGAUGAUGUCGUCAGAUCCUCUGCUCUCAAGAGAGUGGGUGGAUGCCAUGGAAUGGGUACAAAACAAACAACAACAACAACAACAACAACAACAACAUCAGCGAGAGAACGAACAACAACAGCAGCAGAUGGAGACUAGAAAGCGCACAGGCGUGUCUCAGUUCUCGCCCUCUUUCGGAAAGCGGAUGGCGUUCACACCCUCCUUCGGAAAAAGAUACUCGUGGCCUUCUCUCUUCCAGAGCCCCAUUUCACUAAGAUCCUCAAUGGGGGAGGAGGGAUCUCUUAGACAGAGGAAAGAGUUCUACCCCUCAUUCGGAAAACGAGCCUUGGUCAACUACAUGGACAAACAAGCCGACCCGUUUCCUUUCAUGAAUCAAUAGUCACAAUAUCGUUCUUCGCAACAGACAACAAAAACAACAAAAAGGCUACCUCGGGGUUGGAUGUCGAUACGAAUGAUGUUAAAUUUCAGAUGUAAAAUACCAUGCUGUUUAUUUGAUGAAAAAUUAAAUUGAUAUCAUGCGCGAACUGAAUAUGAAAUGUGU